AAAAAAAAAGCGAGAUACCUGUUUCAGUCUUAUACUACAAAAGAUAUUUUAGAUAGAUGUUCUAUGAGCUUCCUUUUGGGUGAUACCUUAUACCUGGAUAUAAAAGCUUCGUCUCAGACUCAGAAUGAAUGUUUAUUAUUGCGAAUCUAAUCUCGAUUUUUACAUAUGAAAAGGUCCUUCACUUGUCAGGAAUGUCGAGCUUGUGUGUUUAUGUUGAUGAUGCUACCAAACAGAUGGAUGUAACUGCAUUUUUCAAAGCAGGUCCAUUGUUUUACACAAUUUCGGUCUUAUGCAGCUAUGACUCUUUGUUUCUUUCCUUUCUGUACUACCCAUACCACAUUUUCGUAGUUUCUGUUCCUUCGGUAAUGGAUCAACAGUCUUCCAUAAUGAACAAAUCCAUACAAACCUUUAGAUACCUUGACCUAUAUUGCAUUAUUUUCAUAUUAUAGUGAAUACUGC